UUCCCGGUCGACGACAUCAAGCGGACGCUGCUGGCGAUGUCCUUCGUGAAGAUGAGCAUGUUUCACUGGCAUGUUGUGGACAGCCAGAGCUUCCCGCUGGUGGUGGACGAGUUCCCGGAGCUGGCAGAGACGGGCGCGUAUGCGGCGGACAAGGUGUAUACGCCGGACGAUGUGCAGGAGAUCGUGCAGUAUGCAGCUCAGCUCGGCAUUGAUGUUCUGGUCGAAAUUGACAUGCCAGGUCACACGGACAUCGUGAGCCUCUCGCACCCCGACUGGGUCGCCUGCAGCCAGGCGUCGCCGUGGUCGACGUACGCUGCCGAACCGCCUUCCGGGCAGCUGCGUUUCACCACGCCCGACGUCGUGGACUUCGCUUCGUCGCUCGUGAAGGCCGUCGCCAGCAAGCUCUCCUCAUCGUACUUCAGCACGGGCGGCGACGAGAUCAACACUGCGUGCUUCGAGCAGGACGAGCAGUUCCAGAAGGAGCUGAACGAGACGGGGAAGACCUUCGACACCGCGCUCGACGCGUUCAUCCAGGACGUGCAUGGGACGCUGCACGACAUCAACAAGACACCGGUGGUCUGGGAGGAGAUGGUCCUGGACCAGAAUGUGACGCUGUCGAACGAUACAAUUGUCAUCGUCUGGAUCUCGUCCGAGAACGCGGCCAAGAUCGCGGAGAAGAACUUCAAGAUCGUGCACGGGCCGUCGGACUACUUCUACCUCGACUGCGGGAGCGGCGGGUGGAUUGGCAACAACCCGACUGGAAACAGCUGGUGCGACCCCUUCAAGGGCUGGCAGCACGCUUAUACUUUCGACCCGCUCGCAAACCUGACGAGCGAGCAGGCAACCCUUGUCAUGGGCGGCCAACAACUCCUCUGGACUGAGCAGAACGGCCCCGAGAGCCUUGACUCGACUGUUUGGCCGCGCGCCGCCACGUCCGCGGAGACCUUCUGGACGGCGACGCAGCCCGACGGCAGCGCGCUCGACGUCAACACCGCGCUCCCGCGCCUGCACGAAGUGCGGUACCGCCUGUUGGAGAAGGGCAUUGGCGCGAAGGCACUGCAACCGGAAUGGUGCGCGCUGAGGCCGUUCUUGUGCAACAUCGAGGCUUGAGAGAAUGGGCAUGCUCCUUGAGAGGACGUCUGCAUAUCUAUCUAGUAGCAUACUUUCUUGGUAAUGAUCACUAUGUCACGGUUGAGCUCUUUCU